AUGCGCUUAGCGAGCGUCGUGACGAGCGCUCUGAGCGCACUCUAUGCAAUCAGCGUGGCGUCCGGUUCUCCUGAUUCGAUUUCGACCGUCCGUGUCGCUGCUGACAAUGCGUUUGCUGAAGGUGACAUGAAAACGGCGAUAUCGCUGCUGUCGAAGCUCAUUGAAAUGGAGCCGACGAAUGAGCGUCAUCUGUACAAGCGCUUUCGCGCGUACUUGAGCGAACGAAAGUACUCACACGCACUUUCGGACUUGUCGUCGUCGCUCCUUGUGAACCCAAAGUUCAAGCAGGGGAUGCUGCAACGUGGGAAGCUCUUGAUGAUGUUGGGACAAUGUGCUGAAGCGUCCCAAGAUUUCGAGACACUUGUCGAGCUGUACCCUAAGGAGACGGUGGGCCCUGAGCAGCUCGAGAAAAGUAGAAAAUGCGCAGCGUCCAUCGACGAGGCUGAGCGCGCUCAGAGUCGCGGCGACUUCCAGUCAGCGUACGCUUCCUUGACUGAAGUGCUCGAGGGAUCGGCUAUCUCUAGUGUUCCGCUGCUGCUGGAGCGAGCCCAAUUGAGUGUGUCGAUGCAGAACUCGUACGAUGCGAUCGCAGACCUCGGCACCAUAUUGAAGCUCGAUCCUUCGAACCUCGUUGCGCUGCAAAUGCGUGGCGAAGCCUUGUACUCACUGGGCGACAAGCAGUCGCUCGAGGCAGCACAGUCGCACUAUCGUCAGGGGUUGCACUCGGACCCUGAGCACAAGGGUAUCAAGGCUUUGUACCGGAGUCUAAAGAAGUUGCUCAAAUUUGUGAACCGUGCUGAGGACGCGAUGCAACGUGGUGCCCAUGCCGAUGCAGUGGAGAAUUGGCAGUCUGCGCUUGAGAUGCACCCAGAGCACUCUGUCAUGAACAAGGAGUUUUUCCUGCAGUUGUGUGCGAGUCAACUGCAUUUGAAACACUAUACCGAAGCACGUGUUGCCUGCGAAUCGGUCGUGCGCAUUGACGGUGACUACGCUCAAGCCUUCGCCAAAUUGAGCGAAGCACAAAUUGGUCUCGAGCUGUACGAAGAUGCGGUUCGGUCGGCAAAGCGAGCGUUGGAACUGGACGACUCGAGUCGCGAGUUUAAGGAGAAGCUGGCGCAGGCAGAAGCGGCACUGAAGCAAAGCAAGACCAAAAAUUACUACAAGAUCUUGGGUGUGUCCCGUACCUGCGAUGCGAAAGCGAUCAAGAAAGCGUAUCGCAAACAAGCGCUUGAAUGGCACCCGGACAAGCACAUUGAUAAGGAUGAGGCCGAACGCGAGGUGAUAGAGAAGCGAUUUCGCGACAUUGCAGAAGCAUACGAGAUCUUGUCGGAUGAGGAAAAGCGCGAUAUGUACGACCGCGGCGAAGACGUUACGGGCAACGGGCAAUCGCAGCAACAGCAACAGCCGUUCGGCAAUGCGCAAUUCUUCCAACAGGGUGGCCGCACGUUCCACUUCAACUUUGGAGGUUAG